CUUCGAGAGGUGUCACGAGUCUGAGCUUAGAAACACGAGAUAAAAGACAUAAAAUACUGAUCUUUGAACUGUUCAUUUCGAAUUAUUCCUCGCCUUUACAAGUUUCUACUUCUACCGUUGUAUAGAAGUGCUUUUGGAGUGUAAUUGUUGCGACCGUCAAUCUUCAAUUGUUUCAGACGGAGRGAGAAAUUGUGGUUUUGAAAUCCUUCAGUUUUGUAGCGGAACUUUUGUGGUGUUGACUGUUAGCGGUUUUCGUUACAAGAAAUCAAGAAGAGAUCUCUUCACAUUGACUUUAAAGAACGUACAGUUAUCUAUCCUGGAAAGUGUUGAAAGGUGUAGGGUGAUGUCUCAUCAAGUGCUUUGCUUCCCAAACUAUAAUUGCGCAAGAGAAAUAACAUGAAGAAGAAACAUGGACGAAACGACACUUGCUGAACAAAUAUUUUACGAUACUGUACGAGAAUAUGUUAUAUCAUUUCUUAUAUUUAUUAUCCUGAAUACAAUAUCAUACUUUAUUAUCUGCCGAUUCCACCAGAAAAAAGAUGAAUUUGAUCCAGGUGGGGAAGAUGCCUCAGUAUACAGAAUAUCAUUAUGGCUAUGCACAUUCACCUUAUCUGUGUCACUGGGUGCAGUUUUACUGUUGCCAAUGUCCAUUCUAAGUAAUGAAAUUCUCCUUGUAUAUCCUAAAAGUUACUACAUGAAAUGGCUUAAUGGCUCCUUGAUACAUGGUCUUUGGAAUCAAAUAUUUCUUGGAUCCUACAUAUCACUUUUUGUGUCAAUGCCCUUUGCUUAUUUUUUUACUGAAUCGGAAGGGUUUUCUGGCUCAAGAAAGGGGAUUAUGGCCAAAGUUUAUGAAACUUCAGUAGUGUUAUGUCUUCUGGCUGUUCUUGUUAGUAGUAUUGUAUGGGUUGUAUCAGCUUUAUUAGAUAAAGGUUGGACCUUUGUCCAAAUCUCAGAUGAAAAUGCAACAGCAUGGAUCCCUGGUUUACCUUUUAUUUAUUCUUGCAUCUCACUCCUUGGUGGUCUAAUGUUAUUGAUUUGUACACCUGUGGGUUUUGCAAGGAUGUUCACAGUUCUUGGUCAGUGUGUUGUYAAGCCACAAUUUAUGAGGAAUCUUGAAGAUGAUAUYAAUGCAAUCAAAAUGGAAGAAGCUAGUCUAAAGAGAAAGCUUAAUGGUUUCAAGAAUGGAAUGGCUGUUUGCAACGGCAGGACAGAAGACCAUGAAAACUAUGACAGGUUGAAAUUAUUAGAGUCAGAGCGAAGGGAAUUAGAAAAUCGUGCAAAAACAUCAUCRUUACAAAGAAACUGUUCAUAUCCCAUCUUAUUGCUGGUACUCUUAGUUCUCACUACGAGUCUCAUGGCGAUGGUUGCUUUGAACUUUUUUGCUGUUUUGUUUGUUAAUCGCUCCUUACCUCGCCGAGCAACUGUGCUGGUUUUGGGACAAGUAUCAUCGUCAAUGAUGGGAACAUUUGGUGCUUUAUUCGAAAUCGUCCUCAUAUUUUAUCUGAUGAUAGCUUCAUUGGUUGGGCUAUACAGUGUUCCAUGUUUUGUUAGACUUAGGCCUUUACCAAGAGACACUCCAAUGACAAAGGUUAUAACGAAUUGUGUUGUCCUGCUAAUACUGAGCUCAGCGUUGCCUCUCUUGUCUAGAACUUUGGGUAUAACCAACUUUGAUCUGAUGGGCGAGUUUGGUCGCAUUGACUGGCUUGGUAACUUUCGYGUUGUCAUCUUCUAUAAUGUUUGGUUUGAAGUUGCAACAGCGUUUUGCUUAUUCAGCAAGUUUACUGCUACAGUAAGAAACGCUCUUUUUGAACAAGUAACACUUCCAGCGUGGCUUUUCUCACAAAAACUGAGAAGUAAGGCAAAGAUAUCGAGAUAGCAYAAGGA